GAGAGGGUGACUGGUAAACUGGACUGGAUCACAUCACAAGGAGCUACCAGGUCUGGAGCCGCCCGCAUGCUUCCCCCCCAAAAAAAUAACUUCAAAACAAGCAGUGUUCAGAUAAAAGGGUUAAAGUUAAAGAUUUCAUUCUUCUGAAGGACAUUUUCUCUCCACCUUCACAUGAAGUGCCCGGGUCGGAGCUGGCUUUUUCUGGCGUUUGUCCACCGGCGGAGCAUGCUAACGACAGAUCAGUCAUAAAGCAACCCAGGCCGUGGUUGACUCUCGGUUAAAACGAUGGAUUUUCACUUCUUAAGUGGAUGAAAUGCCUUGAAACUCCAACCCCGCCGCACCAUGGCAGGUUUAGUCUCCGCUGUGGGUUUGGCGGUGAUGCUGAAGGCUCCGAUGCAUGACUACGCAGUGUUUCUGAGGAUAGCAGCGCUGGUAACCGUGAUCUCGUCUGGCUCGCCUCUUGCAGACGAGUCUCCGCUGGACUCACACGCCCGCCCUGUGGAAGCUGUCGGAGGCAUCCCGACGACCACAGGAUCAUCACCGUCAGCCUUACCACACUCACACCUUACUGCCUUUAGGAGCCCAGGCUUACCUGGUGCCCUGCUCUCCAUUCCUGAACCAGCUCAGCCAGGGCACGGUGCAAAUGGAAACUCUGGCUCUGUGACGCCAAGGCAGCCCUACGCUGAGGAGUCAAGCGUUCGGACUGCGGCACCUUUAAGCCCCGCUGGACUUGCUCAGGGGUUUGAGGCAUCAGCUACGAGCUCCAACGAAGGGCGGGGGGUUAGGACUAAUCCUGACAAACAGGAAUAUCCUUGGUCUCCAUAUUCAAAGCAGCUGCCCCGGUCGAAUACGAACGUAAGUCCUUCCGCUGGGACCGAAUCACCGCCUCGUCAGGCUCUUGAUCGUGAAGAAGAGACGGACGGGACGUCAAAGCGAACGCGGUCCGUGACCGACGACUCUGAGGGCCAACAGGUUGGUUCAAGGCCGAUGAGCUCCAGCGUCGUGCCGUUGGUGGAGGACCGACACGGAAUCAAUGCGCCACCCAACCUAGACGAGGUCCUGGCCCCGGGUUACCACGUGCCUUUCAUCGCCCCACAGUCCUCGUUACUUUUAUCUGAACCCAAUGAGCUGCCUUCAGAGGACUUCUACCCCACCAACACCAUGGAUGUGGACUGGGGCUCCGGAGACUACCUGGAAACCAUGUCCUUCUUCAACACGGACAAAGACCAUUAUUCUCUGGCCACUAAGGUGCUCUCCGACCCGUUUGACAUGCAGGACGACACGGAAAUCUACGACACUUCCUUUCCUCCCAGAGUGGGCAUAUGGCCUUCGUCCAUGCACCCUGGCUAUGCCUCGCCUUCCUCCAGCCUCACGACAGCAUAUCUCCCCACAGCUCCACCUCCGUCCGUCCACCCGUCCCCGCUUUCCUCCCUGACGCAGACCGCCACACCCAGCACCGACGCAGCCGACGUAGACUGGGGCGACGCCUUCACAAUCCGACCGACAGAUGUCCUCCUGCCCGACAUGAACAGCUUGGAGUAUUACACCAGUCAGCUGACGAAGGGCGGCGGCAUCUCAGAGACCGGAGCAGAGUACGGGGAGAACGUCACUGAGGUGUCCGUCAACGCCACCGUGGCCACGCCCACCGCUGACUUCGCCACGGAUGCUGAUCUGACGGAGGAGCUGUCGGGCGCUGGGCCUCGUUAUGAAUCUCCUACAGCAGUGACCACAGAGGAGACUCCUGAGCUCAGCAACUCUUCUGAGCCUUUUCUGGAUCCCUCCGUCGUCCCGUCCUACAUCUUGGAUCCCUCCUCUUCCUCCUCCUCCUCCGUGUGGGGCGGCCCGGUUUCCACCACUGGCUGGUCCACACAUGCGUUCUCCGUAGACACGGACACCGCGUCAGCAGAGGGUUUGCAGCCAAGUGCGACGCCUUUGCUGCCGGAGGAUUUCUUGUCUUCCUCUCUAACGGACGUCCAUUGGUUUGUCACAGAAAGCUUUGAUGACGGUCCCAUCACUCCGGUCAUGACCACAGCUACAGCCUUCUCCCCGCUUCCUGCUGAAGCUGCUGAAAACCACACAGCUCUUCCAACCCAACCAAUCACCCAAGACCUUUUCACAUCGGAGCAAACCGCCAACAUGACUACAGUUUCACCCGCGUCCUGGUCCCACAACGCCACCUCGGCUCCUCCGGUUACGCUCGGUGAUCAGAGCGUGACCGAAGGUGGCGCUGGCAACCGAUCCACGGUGACCCCAGAACCAACAAGCAGUCCAGUUAUCCCAGUUUCUGCCGCAACCCCGGGUCCGCCUGCCACAAACACUCCUGAUGGCGCUACGACUGGGACUCCUGCUGCUGCUGAAACCUCGACCAGCGUCGGCAUCACGGCUGCUACCAGCAGGGAGACCACAGCUGCACCGACGACAUCCAGGCAGUUCCUCUGCAACGCUGACCGCGCCGCCUACCUAACACAGACCGGUUUUCCUUCUGGGGUGACUGUCGGUUUUGCCAAAUCUCAAGUCAGAGACGUUCUGAAAGUGGAAUUCAACAAGUCGGUGGAGCUACAGGUUGUCAGCCCUCCACCACAGUUCGUGUUCCGGGCGGUGUCGGGUCCAGUCGUGUACACGGCCGUAUCCGUCAUCAACGCUCUGCGAAGGUCCGGCCGACGCUUCCUGCACGUUUCCCCCAACUCGACGACGCCAGACCAGAAAUAUCAAGUCCACACAGUGCUGCAGUUCGUCCCCGGCCACAUUGACGUGCGACACUGCAGCUUCUUUGAGAGCAUUGAGAAAGGUUUGAUUAUGGCGUUUGCAGAAGUGCGCCGCCGGUCCAAGGAGUCGACCAACUUCACCGUCCAUAUUCUAAACAUCACCGUUGCUGCGAACAAUCGCGCUGAACAACAUUUGGUGAGGCAGCCGGUGGACAUCACCUUCACUGUCAGCGGUUCUAGGGGUUUUCUGAUGGGGACGAAGGUCAGCAACGCACUGAUGAAGCUCACAGUGGUAGAGUUCAGCUACUACAUCGGCUUCCCUGUGCUGCAGAUUGCAGAGCCUCUCCAUUACCCAGCGCUGAACACCAGCCACUUGCUUCGCUCCUCCUGGGUCAGAACAGUACUGCUGGGUGUUCUGGACCAGAAGAUGAGUGAGCGCACCUUUCAAGCUAACAUGGAGCGCAGAGUGGCCAUGUUGCUCGGCGAAGCCACCGGACAAGUCAGGCGGGUGAAAAGAGCGACUGCUAUUGGCAACAGUAGCGUGCAGGUUCUGAGCGUGAGCCGCCUGGAGGGCGCAGACAACCCAGCAGAGAUGGUGUACUUUGUGGAGGGACAGAACGGCCGUAGGAUGCCUGCGGUCCAAACCGCCGACCUGCUUAACAGCCUGGAUGUUCAAAGGGCCGCCAUCAUCCUGGGGUACCGUGUGCAGGGCAUCCUGGCUCAGCCUGUAGAGAAGGUGGUGUCCUCCCCCUCCGACGCCGAGAACACCAACACCUGGAUCAUCAUCGGGGUGGUGGUUCCUCUCCUCGUCGUCGUCCUCAUCAUCUCCAUCCUCUACUGGAAACUGUGUCGGACCGACAAGUUGGAGUUCCAGCCGGAUGCAAUGAGCACCAUCCAGCAGAGACAGAAGUUACAGGCUCCCAGCGUGAAGGGCUUUGAUUUUGCCAAGCUCCAUCUUGGCCAGCAGAGCAAAGAUGAUGUCAUGGUGAUCCAGGAGCCCGCCCCACCAGGCUCUGGCUCCGGUCCUCUCGCUCAGUCCAUUAAAGAUGGCCUCGGUCCAUGUGAGAACGGCGAGGCCCCCACGCCCAAGUCCAAAACCUCCGCCUCCUCCACCAAGGCGUCCCGCAGCGGCCGGCGCCGAGAAAGGAUCUCCCCCUCGGACGGAGACUCGGUGGCGAGUGACCGCUCCAGUGAACGGGACUCGACCGAGGAGAACCCGAGAGCCCACGCCACGCCCAGCGACGCCAAGCCGACCCGUCCACCGCCUAUAAAUGGUGCUGCAAACGAGCAGCUGUCCUCCGCCUCCAUCUUCGAACACGUCGAUCGCAUGUCUCGCUCCGCGGACGCCAGCCGUAGACUCCCCAACAAGGUCCAGCUCAUCGCCAUGCAGCCCAUGCCUGUGCCACCGCUGCACAGUCCACCCAUCAGCAGCAAACCUUCUGACACAAACCACAUGAACAAAGAGAUCCAGGCAGCAUUGAGGCACAAGUCAGAGAUUGAACACCACCGUAAUAAGAUCCGUCUGCGCGCCAAGAGGAAAGGCCACUAUGACUUCCCUGCGAUGGACGACAUGAUCGGCAGCCUCGGCGAUCCAAAGGAGCAGGACCGCAUCUACCAGAAGGCGCAGACUCAGAUCGAUAAGAUCCUGGAUCCGGACAAUCACGUCCCCUCCAUCUUUAUGGAGUCCAAGAAAAGCGGUCGGGGGCGGCGCUCUCCAAAGCAAAGACUGAAGGAGCAGCUGAAUGGAGGCUUGAUAGAAGCAGAUAAAGACCACCUGAUCACUGAAGACAGCGACGCCGUGUACAGAAAGUGUCCUGGGGUCAACAACGUGGCCUACGUGUCGGACCCUGACCAAGGCCCCGGGUCCCCUCAGAGGAGCCCCUCCCCCACAGAUGACGUCUUCCUGGGCCCAGCUUCCUCUCCUCCGGGCCACGCCCCUCCCCCUCCGCCCUACAUGCCUCCGCAGCCCUCCAUUGAGGAGGCGCGGCAGCAGAUGCACUCCCUGCUGGACGAUGCCUUCGCUCUGGUGUCGCCCACGUCUCAGAGCAGCACAGCAGGGAUCACUCUGCCCGGGGUCAACAGCAGCCCCCAGGGCACCAGCCCUCCAGGCCGGGGCCCCAGAGCCUGGGGCCCCUCCUACCAGGCUCUCUGCCCUUUUCCUGGCAGAUUCACGGAGCUCGGCCUGCCCUCCGCUGCAGUCCAAGGCCUGACACCAAGGCAGGGCCUUGGCUCCAGCUACCUGCCAGCAGGAGACGCAGCCGGCCACAGCGAGCCUCUCCAGCCAGACAGCUUGUACUCCGGCAGGGGCCUCUACGCUAAGGAGCUGCCCUCGUCUGCCAGGCCACGGCCGGUCGGGGGAACCACAGGUGCCCAGCUCCACCACCUCACCCAGGUGGGCCUGUCCAGCCGCAUGAACGGUUACCCAGCAGGCAUCAGGGCGGCUCCUGGCCAGAACGGCGGCCUGGGCUGGAACCAUCACCACAACGACCACUUCUCCAGGGUGGAAGCGGAGAAAGACGCAAUGCAGAGGAGUGGGAACGGGGAGCCCACGGCGCCUCCCGCCCACCUGGACACUUCAGCCGUGGCGUAUCUGGUGUCUCCGCAGCCCGUGGCAGCGUCUCCGCCCGCCCACUCCUCGGCCUCCCUCAUUAAGGCCAUCAGAGAGGAGCUGCUGCGUCUGUCCCAGAAGCAGGCGGCCGUGUCCGGCUACCACAGCUGAAGCCCGGCCUUCCCCGUCUUCAACCAGUCGCUUCACUGAAUGUUUCCCUCCGCCUCGCCUCGCCACCACGACGCUUCCCGUGGAAGCUCCUGCGAGCCGCGCAGCAGAGGAGUCGUCCUGCUAAGCCGAGGAGGCGCUUCGCCGACUCGUUGUAGGAAAGAUGAAACGGAGGACCAGACGACCGACGUCCCGUUAGAGGAACUCAGAGGAACCGUUUCUGCCGGGCUGCUCUG